AGCCAGGACUCAAAUAGGAAGUGAAAUUAGCUUCUCAUUCCUUUCUUCUUCCCUUUAACACCUCUUGGGAACGCCUCCCCCAUCGCUAGCGCGAACCCCACUGUCGCGUGGCACACAUACGUUGCCGCCAACGGAGCGGAGGAAGAGGCGAGCUGUUCAGGUGUACGUACAGGAGAAGGGGCACACCUCCCGAGGAAGAGAAGAGCAGUAAAUACCCCCUCCCCUUCUCCCCCAAGCAGAGAAGCCAAAAUGAGAGGUGCAGCAAUUCGCGUGCUGCUGUUAGCGGCGCUCCCCCUUCUACGGAAAAACCAAGUUGACUCCCUUCAGCUGUAUGCCAAUGAAAUGGGCACCCCCGCGACGGACUCGCUGAACGGAUCAGCCAAGUCGUCGGCGGCCAGCAACAGUGGAGCCCCCCCAACUGUGCCAAACAUCAUGCUGGAUGGCAACACCCAAUUCAGUGAGUCCCUAAAGGACUUCUUAAAGGGAACCAAUUCUGGGGAGGGAGCCAAGGGGGAUGGUAGCAACCUCUUCCAAGGGGACCCCCUCCUGGGAGAUGCCAUCAUAGGGGAGAACUUCGUCGAGGAGAACAAAGAAUUUAUAAAGAAGCAAAUACUGUCGGACCUUUAUAGCAAAUUUAUUAUAGAGGUGGUGAACAACAACACGGUGUCGUUUUUGGACCAGCUGAGUGGGGACAAGUCGAGCAGCAGCGAGUUUCAAAUUGAGUUGGAGGAGAGCUGCUCGCCCUUCUUCUGCGAGAAGGUGAUGAGGGCCAAGGAGGUGCAGAAGCCGGGCGUGGCCGAAGCCAGCCAAGCUAGCGAAGCUAGCCAAGCCAACUCGGCCAGUACUUCUAACGCGGCCAACCCUGCCAGCACUUCCAACAGCGUGAGCGAUGAGAGGGAAAUCAAGCUGCACAGUGGAGGUGCAGACGGACGUGCGAACGACGCGGCCGAGGGGACGGACCACCUGGUGGUGAACCUGGACGCCGUGAAGCGCGCCGCGGAAGGGGACACCCAGAAGGGAACCGACCAGGCAGACGUGGAAGGGCUGUUCACUCGAACGGUAGACGGAAACGAAGAAAAGCAAAAGAUCAUUCUCACCGACGGGGAUAACGUAUACGUGUUGGAGGAGAUAACACAGGGAGGAAACUCUCCAUUUGGCCAAGAGGACCCAAAUAAGCAACACGUCGAGCAGGAAAUUAAAAUGCAUGUGCCUAGCGAAGUGAAUGAGAGAGAGGGUGAGAGAAAUAAGGACCUUCUAGAGGACCUUCUAAACUCGUCAGACUCCAUUUUGGAUGACAUCUCAGGCCCCGUAAGCAACAUACAAACGGAUUCUGCAAAAGGGAUUAGAGAGCAUGACCGCUCGAAGGAUGCACCCACCUCCCCAGAUUCCUCUGCUCCAAACGAUGUAAACGAUUUGAAGGAAAACAUUUUUACCUUAAAUGAGGAGGAGCUGUCCAAGAAAAUCCUAGACGAUAUCAAAAUGAACAGCGAGGAUAAGGUCGAGUGCUACACCAUGUCAGAUGACGAGAGCAAAUGCAACAGCUAUAAGAAGUGCACCUACGUUAACAUUGACGGUAAGGACACCUGCUUCCUGGACUACAACUACAUGCUCUUCCUGAAGAACAGCAACUGCUCGCUGCAGCCCAAGUCGGCGCUUCUCUCCAUUUCGAAGGACCUGCUCAGGAACGAAAUCAUCAACCGGCAAAUGUUCCAGCUGCUGCGCAACAGCAACAACAAGAACUUCAUCUGCGACACGAUCACCUACUCCUUCCUCACGAACGUCGUUGACAAUACCAGCUACGAGGAGGAGAUCUUCACCUGA